AUGGCACAACGUCUAUCUCGGCUAAGGCUGUCUUACUAUAAUUGUAUAGAAUUCGUAGCCACUGCACUCAACAAUGACCCAUCAACAAGUUUUUUUGAACCACCUUCUUCAGCACUUAUCAUAAGUAAUCCGCUCAAUUCAUUACCGCCGCACCAGGCACUACGACUGAUCGAUUAUUUCUUUCACAUUCACCCAUACUCCAUCAUGAUUAACAAAACCAUGCUCCUUCAGGCUUACUGGACAGAUACAGCCGAUCCAAUCUUGCUGUCUGUCAUCUACGGCACCACUCUCUUUUUAUCUCCCAUCUUGGAGGGACAACAGCUUUUGCUGUGGAGAAAGGAGAAUUUGAGUAGCCGUAAUCCGUUCUUGGAUUAUGCUCACGUGUUGCUCUCAAAAGCGUCGGCAGAGGCAACCUUAAGCCGCUAUCAGGCUGUUGUUCUGCUUGGCUUGUUUGAGAUCACGUUUGGAUAUGCUAAAAAGGGAACAUCUCUCUUUGCACUCUCGUACAUGAUUGCAGAAAAGUUAGGCUUGUUUAACAACACUUUACCUCCAGGAUUGACACCGGUCGAAAAGGAACUUUUGCUUGUUACUUUUUGGGCGAUAUUUCAAUGUACUGUUCGGGGAUGCGUUGAACUUGUGCAGAUUCCACGUGUUGCUCUUGGCCAUCAAUUACAUCCGUAUCCACCCAUGAACGUACGAGAAUCUCUAUCGUAUCAAUUAGACACUCAGAAUGGAAACACUAGAGCAUUUAGACACUAUGAUUAUAUUGUAGAAACAUUCUAUGUCCAAUCCGUAAUUGCAAAGACAUGCUGCAUGAUCAUAUUUACGUUACCACACGAAACAGACAAUGAAUCGGUAGAACAAGAAAUACAGCAUAUCUUGAAUAAUCUUUACGGUUUUAUACAACGAAAACAACAACAGAUGUCAAAGCUUCAAACAUUUACUCUCGAGCUAUUCCAUUACUUUUUCGCCAUAACUUUGCUAUUCUUGAAGAGAACAUUAGGGAGUAAACACUUCAAGAUUCAACAGCCUCCGUCCUCAUUGCCUCGUCUGGAUCUUUCUGAUCCAGAAAAUGUGCGGUGCAUCUAUCAAGCAUUACCCAAUGCUAUGACUAUCGUCAAUAAGACAAAUGAUUUUCUCAACAGCAAUUCAGCAAGCCUCUAUCAGUCUGGCCUUUUACCUCGUGGUUUGAUGUUAUCUACUUUAGACGCCGCAUCGAUCGUUUUGAUGAACCACUACACACUAGAACCAACGCCGAUUGUUCGUCAAUAUAUAGAGACAAUUGAUGUCAUUUUAUCACGUCGAGAUGCUUGGAAGACAUCGGACAUAUCAGAGGCCGCUAAACUAGAUAUUCAGACGUUUCUACAGAAUCAUAUGUCACAAAGUGAUUCAUCUUCAAUUGGAAGUCCAUCAAUGGAUAUGAUGUCAUCUCUCAUCCCAUUUGAUUUAUUUGAUCCAGAAACACUUUGGAUGAAUCCAAUUGACCUUCUUCAAGACAAUACAUUUGAUAUCAGUUCAUGCUUAGAUUCUUCUGCUUUAGCAACAGCAACCAUAGAUACAAACUGGCUAAACGGCGAUUUUGAUUUGUUAAACUCAAACUUUAUGCAAUAA